AUGGCGGGAACUGACUCCUCGGCGUCAUCGAGACAAAGCAGUUUCAACUCAUUAGCAAAGGACCUAGAACUUCCUUUGGAGCAAGGGUGCCUCACCAUCGUUGUACUUGGGGCUUCUGGAGAUCUUGCCAAGAAGAAAACGUUCCCGGCACUCUACCACCUUUUUGAGCAGGGGUUCUUACAAUCUGGUGAAGUGCAUAUAGUGGGGUAUGCGAGAACAAAUCUUUCUGAUGAUGGGUUGAGAGGGCGCAUCCGUGUAUACCUUAAAGGAGCCUCAGAGGAACAUGUUUCAGAAUUCUUGCAAUUGAUAAAAUAUGUCAGUGGUUCCUAUGACAGUGGACAAGGUUUUGAAAAACUGAACAAGGAAAUAUCAGAUUAUGAGAUGUCAAACAACUCAGGAAGCUCCCGUAGGCUCUUUUAUUUGGCAUUGCCUCCAUCUGUCUACCCUUCAGUGUGCAAAAUGAUCCGAACAUAUUGCAUGAGUCCAACUUCUCGCGCUGGAUGGACUAGAGUAAUUGUUGAGAAGCCCUUUGGAAGGGACCUGGACUCUGCAGAAGAAUUAAGUUCCCAACUUGGGGAGCUAUUCGAGGAAGAUCAACUCUACAGGAUUGACCACUACUUGGGAAAAGAGUUGGUCCAAAACUUGCUUGUGCUUCGUUUUGCGAACCGUUUGUUCUUACCACUUUGGAACCGUGACAAUGUUGAUAAUAUACAGAUUGUAUUCAGGGAGGACUUCGGAACUGAUGGACGUGGAGGAUAUUUUGAUCAAUAUGGAAUCAUCCGUGAUAUCAUUCAGAACCAUUUGUUGCAGGUUUUCUGUUUGGUUGCAAUGGAAAAGCCUGUAUCUCUUAAGCCUGAGCACAUUAGAGAUGAGAAAGUCAAGGUUCUGCAAUCCGUGAACCCGAUAAAGGACGAAGAGGUAGUCCUUGGACAAUAUCAGGGCUACAAGGAUGACCCUACAGUGCCAGAUGACUCUAAUACCCCAACGUUUGCAUCUAUUGUACUUAGGGUACACAAUGAAAGAUGGGAAGGUGUUCCUUUCAUUCUUAAAGCUGGUAAAGCAUUAAACUCAAGAAAAGCAGAAAUUCGUGUGCAGUUCAAGGAUGUUCCCGGUGACAUUUUUAAAUGUAAGAAGCAGGGAAGAAAUGAGUUUGUCAUACGCCUCCAGCCAUCAGAAGCCAUGUACAUGAAACUAACUGUGAAGAAACCUGGAUUGGAAAUGGCUACUGAACAGAGUGAACUUGAUCUGUCAUAUGGGAUGCGUUACCAAGAUGUCAAAAUUCCAGAGGCAUAUGAGCGCCUCAUUUUGGAUACAAUAAGAGGAGACCAGCAACACUUUGUGCGCCGAGAUGAGCUGAAGGCUGCCUGGCAGAUCUUCACUCCCUUGUUGCACGACAUCGACGCCGGCAAGCUGAAGGCUGUUUCAUACAAGCCUGGCAGCCGAGGCCCCAAGGAAGCUGAUGAACUGAGUGAGAAGGUUGGGUACAUGCAGACCCACGGUUACAUCUGGAUACCACCCACCCUUGCAUAG